AUGAAAUUUGGUGUAGAACUCGCAGCAAAAAUCCAUGAACCAUGGCGCUAUUCUUACUUGCAAUACAAUGAACUAAAAGUUGAACUCAAACGCCGUCAACUCGAGCAAGGAUGGCGUGAACGUGAUGAACGUGAAUUUGUAGAAUUUCUCCAGCGCGAGCUCAUCAAAGUUUUUAACUUUGUUAAUGAAAAAUUGGAGGGCAUCCAAAAACGUAUAGAACAAAGUGAAUGCACGAUCCAGGAACUAAUGAAGUCUGAAAAGAUCAAUACCCAGUCCUAUGAACUUGCGGCUGACGAGUUAGCAGAGAUCUUAUUUGCCGUCAAUGAUUUAUCAAAAUUCCAUCAGCUCAAUUAUACUGGAUUCGAAAAGAUUGUAAAGAAACAUGAUCGUUGGACCAAAUUGGAUCUUCGUUCCAGAUUCUACGGCCAAAUGCUCGAGACUUGGCCACUUGACCAGCAAAGAUUUGAUGCCCUUAUUGUUCGAAUAUCUAAUAUCCACGAUCUCUGUCGUCUUCGAGGCCAGCCUCGGGCCACAAAUGCUUAUAGUCAAGGAGGAGAUCAAACAGCCUUUGAGCGCGAGACGGCAAAGUACUGGAUCCAUCCGGAUUAUAUUACAGAAGUCAAGUCAAUUAUUAUGAUGCAUCUUCCUGUACAUGUAUUCAAUCAAAAAAAGACCUACGAAGACGGAGAUGCGGCCAUCUCGAGUGUAUAUUUUGACAACGCAUCAUUUGAUUUGUAUUCUGAACGACUGGAACGGAUCGAGGGCGCUGAGGCUAUCCGAUUUCGCUGGUAUGGAGAUAGCACAGAUAAAGACAAUAAUAGUGUGUAUGUGGAGCGCAAAACACACCAUGCGCCCUGGCUUAAUGGCCAUUCUGUUAAGGAUCGAUUCAGACUUGAUGAGAAAUACAUCGAUGCGUAUAUGACAGGAAGUUACACAGCCGACACAUAUGCUUCGGACUUGCGCUUAAAGGGAAAGAUGGAUGAAGCCAAAAUUGAAGAAAAUCACUUUGUGGCAAAGGGAGUCCAGGAUUCUUUACGGAACCGUCAACUACAACCAAUGUGUCGGGUAUUCUAUAACCGAACUGCUUUUCAGCUUCCAGGUGAUCAGAGAGUUCGAGUUAGUCUGGAUAAUAACAUGACAUUUGUACGGGAAGAUGGUUUGGAUGGAGUCCGGAGACAGCAGCCUGAAGGAGAUAUGUGGAGACGUGGUGAUGUUGGCAUCCAAUAUCCCUUUCGCAAUGUGAAAGAUUCUGACAUUCUUAGAUUCCCAUAUGCUAUUCUUGAGACAAAGAUUCAAAGUCAUCUUGGACAGGAAACCCCUGCUUGGCUAACUGAGCUGGUCACUAGUCAUCUUGUACACGAAGUCCCUCGUUUCUCUAAAUAUCUCCACGGUGCAUCACAACUAUUCAAGGACAGAGUACCUGUAGUGCCAUGGUGGCUGAGCGAACUCAAUAUCGAUAUUCGCAAAACACCUGUUGCCGACGUUGGGCUAUCGCGUUCUAUGAGCUUCAAGCCACUCUUUAAUGGUCGUCACCGGCGCUCUAUAGUGGACGUCAAUUAUCAACAAGUUCUUCCGCUUACAGUGUCCAGAUCAGCACCUCAUGUUUCCAUUCAAUUAACAAAUGAUCAACCUGAGCAUGCAUUCUAUAACCUAUCCGAGGCACCAAAGGAUAAACGGGAUGCGUUUACAAGAUUCUGGAGCGGCAGUCUACCAAACUUUGACAAGAAACAAACUUCGAGUCGAGACAAGAGCGGCCAACCUGUAGGGAUCUUACCUAUUGCUGUUCAACGACGCGCACCUCUGAAGAAGAUUGACCCAAAAGCAUUCUUUGCAAACGAGCGCACAUUCAUUUCAUGGUUGCAGUUCUGUGCCUUGCUUCUCACAGUGUCGCUCAAUCUCUUAAACUACGGAGAUUCGGUCUCUCGUAUCAUCGGAGCUUUCUUUAUCAUUAUCUCUUCUUUUAUGUCUAUAUAUGCUCUUGUUAGAUUCCAGUUAAGAGCAUGGCAGAUGAGAACAGGAAAUACCAGCCUGAGAUAUGAUGACAUCUACGGGCCUGUAGUUCUUUGUGUCUUGAUGAUUACUGCACUUGGAGUAAACUUUUACCUC